GCAAAGGCCGGUUGUUGACUCAAGGUUCAGGGAGCGGGAAAGUGCUUCCCAUCGCGUAGCGAACGAGCUAUCUAACCUUAAGAGCUAUUGUGCACAAAAAUGGCUGGUUUUUGGGUAUGGCUCCUUGUAUUCGCAGCCAUUCUUGCAGUGAUCCAAAUCCUGUUGAAUAGGAAAGCUAGAAGUCUUAACUUGCCACCAGGCCCACGCCGGUUUCCGGUGAUCGGGAACCUGCAUCAACUCGGGAAGCGGCCCCAUCAAUCUCUAGCUCGCCUCUCACAACAGUAUGGUCCACUCAUGUUCAUAAAGGUGGGUAGAGUCCCUACCAUAGUGGUUUCCUCUGCAGAGAUUGCUAAGGAGGUAAUGAAAACCCAAGACAUGGUCUUUGCAAAUAGACCAGGUCUUUUUGCUGCCGAGAAACUCCUCUAUGGUGGGACUGGUGUGAUUUUUUCGCCCUAUGGUGAGUACUGGAGACAGGUUCGGAAGAUUUGCGCUCUCGAGCUGCUCAGUACAAAGAAGGUAAAGAGCUUCCAGUCAGUAAGAGAAGAGGAGGUGGCUUCCAUGGUUAGUACCAUCUCUUGUUUCUCUCAUGGUGACCCUGUGAAUUUGAGUAAGAUGUUCUAUACUUUGACUAACCGUAUAAGUUGUAAAGUGGCUCUGGGCCAUUCUGAAGGAGAUCAAACUGAAUACAGACUUCACAAGAUUGUACAGGAAUUGAAUUCCUUAUUGGGAAGCUUCUUUGCUGCUGAUUUAUUUCCAUCAAUGGGGUGGGUGGAUGUCCUCACUGGAAUUCGGGCCAGGGUCAAGAAGAACUUUCGAGAGCUGGACAGUUUCCUCGACGAAGUGAUUCGAAACCACAGGGACAAAGGGGUUCUUGAGCCAACAACUGCAAACAAAGACUUCGUGGACAUUUUACUGCAAGCUCAAAAGGAUUACAGCCUGGAUAUUCCUCUCACAUUGGAUAACCUCAAAGCUAUUAUACUGGAUAUGUUUGCGGCAGGAACAGAGACAUCGGCAACAACUCUAGAAUGGUUGAUGUCAGAGCUUGUAAAGAACCCGGAAGCCAUGAGGAAAGCUCAAGAGGAACUGCAUCGAGUUAUGGGGGUUAAAGGCAAGCUCAAUGUCUCUGAAGAUGAAUUACCCGAGUUGGAAUACCUUCACUCUGUAAUCAAGGAGGUCCUUCGGUUGCAUCCACCUGCGCCCCUCUUGGUUCCAAGAGAAUCGAGGAACAGUACGAAGAUCAACGAAUUCGAUAUCCCUGCAAAAACGAGAGUCUAUAUCAAUGCUUGGGCCAUAGGAAGACAUCCCGAUUACUGGGAUCGAGCAGAGGAGUUCUUGCCAGAGAGGUUUAUGAGUAGUGCAAUCGAUUUUAAGGGGCAAACUUUCGAGUUCAUACCAUUUGGGGCAGGACGAAGGAGUUGCCCUGGAUAUUUAUUUGCUAUACACACUGUUGCGCUCACAGUGGCCAAUCUGAUCAACCAUUUUGAGUGGGCGGUGCCCCCUGGUGGUCUAGACAUGGCUGAAUCUAAUGGGAUUGCACACAGGAAACAUCCUCUUUUUCUUCUUGCUACUCCAAGGUGUAUUUGAUUUUGAUGUAAAUGUAUUUGAA